GCACUAUAAACUCCUACCCUAGUUUUCUUGGCUGAGAGACGGCAUAGUCAAUUUCGCCCUAUCAACCCUAUCUUUCUAAGCGCAGGAGAGGCGCAUAUGCAUCCUCCAUCAGCAUUGGCACACAAGCACACAAUGGUCCAUCUUCAAAGUCCAACAUCUUCUAUGGACCCCUUCUGAAAAUGAUUGUAGAGACCGCAGUGGCUAGGAGUUCCCUUUUGAGGAUUCUUCAAGACAUCUCACAUCGAAUUAUACAGAGUCUCUAUCCGGGCGCUGCCAACGAGCAGGAGGAACGCGUUGCUCUAUCUUUCAGUGGUUGGCAUACCCGACAAAUUGCUUACCUAGCGCUCGCCGUCGCAUAUCUUCCUGUAAGCCAAGCUGAUCUUGAUCUUAUCUGGGAACUCGUCCGCGAUGCUCUUACCAGUAAUGCCCAAGGCUUUACUUCUGUGGCCCUCUGCAGCUUGAUCAAGAAUGGGAACAUAGACGAGCUGUUCCGCCUCCAUGUGUGGCUGCCAGACAACAACCGAGGAACCCCUGACAGCUGGGUCUUAGCUGGCGAAGGCACCGAUCAUUCAUACAAGGUCGAACAUGUUGACGAUUCGGAAACUGCCACUCAUUCAGAAUAUGCCUUAGCUUGGAGCGAUGGUAAGAACUUGGGAUCCAACUAUAAGACGAACCAGGCCUUUUCGACUAUUACCAAUACCAAGAAAUUCGCCCGUGUUGUUCCUCUAGAAGCAAAUAUUCACCGCCGAGGCCAAAGCUACACGAUUCCGGCGGCUCAGUACCACAGGACUGAAGUCGCUCCUGAUCGGUUUCACGCUACGCUUUUCGUCUUCGACUCGCGGCGGGGAUUUGUCAAAGACGCUGGUGUUCUAGGCCCCAAGGACGGCGAUUCGUUCACGCAGUUUCGCGAUCCAGCCGGUGUGACACCGGAGACCGUGGCGUUAACGGUUGAUGCCGUGAGAUCUUGGGAAAUCAAUAUGGACGAGGGGCAGAAGCACAUUCGCCAUGCCGAAUGGGAACAUGCGCUGAGGGCUUUCAGCAAUGCGCUCAGCCUAUGUGAUAGCACUGAUAAUUUUCCCAACAAGGCUCGAUAUAGGCGUGAAGUGCUAUACAAAAUCGGGCGUGUCAACCGAUGCCUCGGCAGAUAUGAGAUCGCUAGGGACAUCCUAGAGAAGGUUAUAACGGAUAUGGAAGUAAAUGUAUUGCGCGUAAACUGUGUAGGAGAGCUAGGUGUCGUGUACAGACAUCUGAACAACCUCACGGACGCGAUGCGCAUGUUCGAGAUGCAGUACAACGCAGCAAAGCAGCUGGGCCUGGAAGCUGAAGCUUGCCGUGCAGUCGGAAACCUCGGCAUGGUAAACUACCAGAUCUCGCAGCUAGACAAGGACGAGAAGAUUCUCGACUUGGCAAUUGCGCGACUUCGAGAACGUGUCCGGCUCGCUCGAAACAUCCAGCGGUCCUUAGCUGCGAAGGGUCACCCUCAAGACUCUAGUUCCAUAGAAAACGGUAAAAACUGGGAGAUCAUUGGCUUAUCUCGCCUCUCGCUCUGUCUCUCGGCGCGGAAUAGCUUAGAGGAGGCGGUGGAAACAGCCCAGCAAGCGCUCGCCCUCGUGGCGGGAUUUGGCGACCCAACCGUAGUCGCUAUAACUCGAUUCUUCUACGGGCGCGCGCUGCGGAUGAGCGGGCACGUAGAGGAAGCUACCGAGCAGUUCAACACAAGCACCGGCUGCACGCCCGCGAUCGCGCUCUGCAAGGAGCCCUCGGGCGAGCACCUGGCGUAUCUGAAAGAGCUAGUCGAGGCCGGCGUGGACCUGGAAAUCACAGACGACCAAGGGUACACGGCCCUCGACUACGCCGUCUUCUCCGGCAACGACGGGUUCCGAGACGCCGUCGUCGGGGGUCUCCGGCGAGGCGCCAACGACUACGACGUCGAGGCGCUGCUCGCGGGCUCCAGGCUCCGCAAGGGCUACCGCAAGGUGUUCCAGGAAGUCCUCCGGCCUAUCCUCCUCGCGCGACACGACGACGACCGCGUGCGGCGCCUGCGCAGCGCGUAUGCCGGGUCCCUCCGCGCGGACGAGGAGGCGCGGGAGAUGUUCUCCGCGUUCUCCUUCGUGCCGUACUCGGCCUUCCGCUCCCUAGGCAGACUCCCGAAGCAUACCGACGGGCUCGUCCGCGGAUUCGGUGGCGAGGCUGCUGGGGGGUCCGCGGAGAAUGAGCCUAGCAAGACGCCCGACUUCGUGCUCUUCUUCUCGUACCGGUGGGUGGGCGCGUCGGCGCCGGAUGACGGGGACAACACCCAGUACAGGCGGAUGCUGGCCGCCGCGGAGGAGUUUCUUAAGCUGCAUCCCGCGGUGGAUAGGGAGAGGAUGGGGAUUUGGCUGGUAAGUAUUUUUUUUAUUCGGCGAGUUUUAAUAUCAAUACCUACCUAACCUUACGACUUUUUUUUUACUUUACGUGCGAAAUACUUACGUGCGUGCUUCCACCCUAACUCCAGGACUGCGCUUGCAUCAACCAGA